AUGGCAUACCCCUGCGAUCAGUGCCAUGAUGCGGCCUGGCCCGACCAUCAUGCCGUGUGGGCUAAGCGUAUGCUGUGUGAAUGGUGCGCUACCGAACAGAACUUCGGGCCAGGACCAUGCAGGAAGUGUGGAAGACCACUGAACAAGAUACGCACUAGUCAUUGGGAAGGCGGUGAGGGAUGCCGAAAUACGAGCUCUAUGAGUAAGAAUGAUAAGAAGAAGUACGCGGGGAAGAACAAGACUGUCAGUCGGAAGGCGGCAGCCGCUAUAAUGGCCGGCGGGAAGAAGAAGAAGUAA